AGGAGACGUAGAAGGAGGCUGGAGCAGAAACACAAGCGAGACCGAGUGACAGACAGACAGAGCCAGACCCAGCAGCACAGCAGUACAGAGCAGCAAAGUGUCACGCUACACCACAACACAUCGGCUCUCCCUCUGACAAGCCAAAGGAAUUCCCUCUUGAGGGCGCUUAGAUCUGCGAAAGUGCCGCUGCGGAUGAAGAGGUGACACGGCAGGGCUUGAGGGGUGAGUGAUACCGGCAAAAGGACAACACACCGCUGGGAGAAGAGCUCCGAGAAGACGCGGGCCCCCGCUCCACGAACAUGACAGCUCAUCCGUUUGGAAAUUAAACACAAAGUGACAAGGGGACAAAUUGAGGACACCCGGCAGCCAAGAGAGCCAAGGGGGGGGAGGACCCAGAGGGACUUUUGCUGGCCUCUCUCAUCUCAUCUCAUCUCUCACCCCUCUCUUUCUCUCUUUCACUCACUCACUCACUCACUCUUUCACACUCUCUCCUUUCUCACUCUCUCUUCCUGAGCUCCAGCUGUCCUGAUGGCAGCCCAUAUCCACCCCAUAUCUCCAGGAGUCAGCCACAGCCACAGCCUCCGCCAGGACCGCAGCCACUCGCCUUGUCACCUUUAACCUCUGCGUCACCUCUCUCACCUCACCUCAUCUCUCCCAGAGACUCCUCAGAGCAGCGGGCCGCCACUUCCCUCUCCUGGGACAACAACGCACUUAGCAGAAUGUUCUGGAAGUUGGCCCUCCCCGCGCUACUGGUGUGGAGCCUGUGCAGCACCGCGGCCCACUCCAAGAAGUCCCGUGGCCCUCAGGGCUCCAUCCCCUCCCCGUACAAGCUGAAGGACAACAGCCUCCAGUCCCAGUCCCAGUCCCAGCCUCACCCUCACCCUCACCCCCCUGCCAUGCUGCAGCCCAUGGGCAAACCCGAGGUGCUGGCCUCCAGCCGCGAGGCCCUGGUGGUGACGGAGCGCAAGUACCUGCGCAGCGACUGGUGCAAGACACAGCCGCUGCGACAGACGGUGAGCGAGGAGGGCUGCGUGAGCCGCACGGUGGUCAACCGCUUCUGCUACGGCCAGUGCAACUCCUUCUACAUCCCACGCCACAUCCACACGCCAUCCUCCUCCUCUUCGUCAUCGUCGUCGUCCUCCUCCUCCAGCUCACGUCAGCAUCGCCAGCGUCGCAAGCAGCCAGUGCACGGGGCGUCCUUCCAGUCCUGCGCCUUCUGCAGGCCGCAUCGAGUCACCACUGUGACCAUCCGGCUGCACUGCCCCGGCCUGGACCCGCCCUUCCGCCACCGGAAGGUGCAGCGCGUCAAACAGUGCCGCUGCGUGUCGGUGAGCGUAAACGACACACAGUGAGCUGCGGUGUUAUUGGUGGAGGAGA